AUGGCUUCUAUUUUCCUUGGUGACAGACUCUACAUUGGAGGAGUUAUAGGUGCGGUGGUCAUAGUUGCGGGUCUCUAUUGUGUAUUGUGGGCAAAAAGCAAGGAGACCAAAAGCAACAGUGACCUGCUUUCUGAAAGAAGCUUGGCACAGAAUCUCCUUCAUGAAGAAAGUUACACUAUGAUCGAAGAUCUAUAA